UAUAGUUCAACAAACAAGCAAGCUAUUACUCGAUCUAGAGCAAGGGCCAACUGGAGAAAAAGAUCCUUCUCUCACAUCUUCAAUUGAUUCAAGUGAGUAAACCUUGCAGUGAUGGCGGCGGUUCUGGAUGCUUUGGCAUCCUACGUGACCAACACACUCACCGAAAUGGCCAAAGAAGAGGUGGCCAUACUCAUCGGGGUUUCGGGCGAGAUCGAGAAACUAGGCGUCAAGUUGAGGGACCUCAAGCACUUCCUUGCUGAUGCCGAUAGGAGGAACAUCACCGAUGAAAGUGUGCGGGGCUGGGUGGACGAGCUGAAGCAUGCCAUGUACCUCACCACCGAUAUCCUCGACAUGUGCCAGCUCAAAGCCAUGGAGCAACGCCUAUCCAAGGGCUCAUGGUCGUGCUUUAACCCCUUGCUCUUCUGCAUGCGAAAUCCCCUCCACGCCCACGACAUCGGCACCCGCAUCAAGGCGCUCAACCAGAAGCUAGAUGACAUCUCCAAGAGGGGUGCUAUUUUCAAUUUCAUCAAGUUGGAAGCCUACCGAAAUAAGAAGACGACUCAAUCUCUCGCCAAUGAUCGUAAAACAGAUUCAUUGAUAGAGCGAUCAGGUGUUGUUGGUGAUAAGAUCGUGGAGGAUACAAGAGCACUUGUGGAGGUCCUUACGAAGGAGGUGGCUGGCGAUAAGGGUGAUCGGCUCAUGGUGGUCGCCAUUGUUGGUGUUGGCGGGAUUGGGAAGAGCACCCUCGGCAAGAAGAUCUUCAACGACAAGGCAAUCGAUGCAAAGUUUGCUAAGAAGAUAUGGCUAAGCAUCACACGAGAUUUUAAUGAUGUUGAGUUGUUGAGUACGGCCAUUGUUGCCGCUGGCGGUGACCUGCCUGGUGGGGGUUUGGCUCGAGACAAGGCCCUACUUGUUGAUGCUCUCAAGAAUGCCAUCGAGGACAAGAAGUUCUUUCUUGUACUCGAUGACAUGUGGGGUGUUGAUGAAUGGUUCAAGCUGUUGAUGACUCCCUUUAGCUAUGGUGGACCCGGUAGCAGAGUUCUCAUCACCACAAGACAUGAGACAGUGGGCCGAAGCAUGAAAGUUGCGCACUACCACCGUGUUGACAAACUAGGUCCAGAAGAUGCAUGGUCAUUGCUUAAGAGGCAGGUUAUCACAUCGGACGGAAAUGAAAUCGAAGUUGACAUGCUAAAAGAUAUUGGGCUGCAAAUUAUAGCAAAAUGUGAUGGUUUACCACUUGCUAUAAAAGUGAUGGGAGGACUCCUAUGUAAGAAGGACAAAACACGACAUGAUUGGGAAGAUGUUAUGAAUGAUGAUAUAUGGUCAGUAUCUCAAAUGCCAGAGGAGCUAAACUAUGCAAUAUAUCUUAGCUAUGAUGACUUGCCCCCAUACUUAAAGCAAUGCUUUCUGCACUUCUCUCUUAUUCCUAAAGAGGCAAUACUAAGUGUCAAUCAAGUUGUGUACAUGUGGAUUGGUGAAGGAUUAGUUCAUGGAGACUCGCAUAGUCUAGAAGAAGAAGGAAGAAAGUAUUACAUGGAACUAAUAUUGAGGAAUCUUAUCGAGCCAAAUACAGAAUACCCUCACGAUUUUGUUUGUGGCAUGCAUGAUGUCAUUUACUCCUUUGCUAAAUUUGUGGCUAGGGAUGAAGCAUUGGUAGUUGUCGGUGGAGAUAGUGCUAAAAAUAAACUUAGUUCCCACAGUUUUCUUAGGUUGUCUAUAGAAACCAAAGGUGUUGAAUCCGAUGGAUUUGAAUUGAGGAAUUUAGAGGAGCAAAUUUCACUUAGGACACUAAUAUUACGUGGAAAAUUAAAAAUUCAGCCUGGUGAAUCCCUGGUUACCUUCUCAAUCCUAAGGACUCUGUUUGUAGAAACCGCAAAUUUUGCUGCAUUGAUUGAAUCUGUAUGUCAACUCAAGCAUCUGAGGUAUUUGGCAUUAAGAGGAUGCACUGAUAUAUCUAGACUGCCAGAGAACAUCCACCAGAUGAAAUUCUUGCAAUAUUUUGACAUUGAUGGAUGUAAAGGAAUUGUGAAACUUCCUGAUAGCAUUGUUAAGCUACAUGGAUUGAGAUUUCUAAACAUUGGGACUGCACAAGUAAAUAAUAUUCCUAGAGGUUAUGGUGCGCUGACAAAUUUGAGGUCACAAUGGGGUUUUCCAGCUUAUAUGGAUGGGGAUUGGUGCAGUUUGGAAGAGUUGGGGCCUCUUUAUCUGCUCAAGGAGCUUGGAAUAGAACAUCUAGAGAGUGUAUCUGCUACCUCGUCUGUAGCAAAUGUUAGAUUAAGUGCAAAGCCAGACCUUACUACACUUCACUUAAAUUGUCGCAGCAAACUAGGAGAUAAUGGGUUGCUCAAUGUAGACGUCUCUGAGGAGGAAGAGCAAAGAAUUGAGGUGGUCUUUAAUGUGCUAUGCCCUCUGCCCUGCUUAGAAUUCCUUUCCAUCCAGGGAUAUUUUGGGCGUCAUCUCCCAAGAUGGAUGAUGUGGACAACAACAAUGCCACUUCAGAACUUGAGGACUCUAUUAAUGACAGACCUGGCUUGCUGCAUCCAACUUCCUGAUGGACUAUGUCGGCUCCCAUUUUUGGAGUACCUAUCGGUGAAUUGUGCUCCAGCGAUCAAGCGUGUUGGGCCUGAAUUUGUUCAGCCCUACAGUGACCAUCACCAUGCUUCAGCCCAGGCGCCGCCUGCGUUUCCAAGGCUUCAUGAGAUGCUCUUAGAUGGAAUGGUGGAAUGGGAGGAGUGGGAGUGGGAUGUGGAAGUGCAAGCUAUGUCGGCCUUGGAGGUACUUUUAAUCGAAAGUUGCAAAUUGAAGUGUAUCGCUCCUGGUCUUUCCUUGCAUGCAAGGUCUUUGAAAAAAUUAACCAUAGGGAGUGUUAAGGGUCUCCAGUCUCUUGAAAACUUUGUUUCAGUGGUUGAGCUCGACCUGUAUGAUAUCCCCUGCCUAACUAGGAUAUCGAAAUUUCCCAAACUGCAAAAGCUUGAGAUCGACGGAUGUCCAAAGCUUGAGUCGCUGCAGGAGAUGACUGCCCUCCGGAGGCUUGUGCUGGAAAUUUACAACGUCGAGGAACAACUUCCGUUGUAUCUGCAGACAUUAAAUCCCAGUCGUUUGGUGCUAAAGUGCAGUCCAGAGGUACUCGCUGCCAUGGCUUUGGGGGAAUCUGACACAGAGUGGGACAAGUUCAGCCAUAUCCAACAUGUUGAGGCUUAUGCAGAUGAUGGGAAGAUAGAGAAGAAAUGGAACCUAUUUUACACAAGGGAGCCCUACAACAUGGAGACAAACAUCGAUCCAGAGGACUGGUUUGAGUUUAGUGAAGCGUCAUCGCGGGGUGACGAUGAGGAUGAUGUAAACAACCACCAAGAUGAAAAUGAAGAGAACCGCAUGGGCGCCCGUGAAACGGACUACGACAUGGUUUGCGCUUUGCAGGCGAUUUUUGCAGAUUUGACUUACCUCGUCGGUGGUUCCAUGCUCUGCAGUGUGUUUGACAUAUUUGGGUUUCGUUUACAGGUAAAAAAAGCUUUCUAA